AUGUCUUCUGACAGCUUAGGAGAGGCGUUGAAGCAUACGGGAGGUAAUGGCAAGUUGGACCAGGGUGUCUCACUCAAGAGUUUCUUGGCCUCGCUGGCAACGGCUACGGUUGUCUUCGCCGUAGAAUUCUUGUUAUUCUUGCUCCUCAAGGGCAAAUUGACACGCAUCUAUCAACCUCGAACGUAUCUAGUCCCUGAUCGAGAACGCACUGCGCCUUCGCCGCCGGGUCUGUUUCGAUGGAUCGGGCCGAUCUUUCGAACAUCAAGCUCAGAAUUCAUCCAAAAAUGUGGUCUCGACGCCUAUUUCUUCCUCCGCUUCCUGCGUAUGCUUCUCAAAAUCUUCAUUCCCAUGGGGUUUCUGAUCUUGCCCAUACUUCUUCCCCUGAAUCGCGUGGGAGGCAAGGGUACUACUUUCCAAAACGAUACAGUCACCUCGAACGGGACAAGAACGGGCGAUCGGUGGAAUGUCACUGGCCUAGAUCAAUUGGCCUGGGGCAACGUCAAACCUGAGCAUACCAGUCGCUACUGGGCCCAUUGUGUUCUGGCAGUGAUCAUGAUCUGCUAUGUCUGUGCUGUGUUCUUCGACGAGUUGCGAGGCUAUAUUCGAAUGCGUCAAGCUUAUCUGACAUCACCUCAACAUCGACUUCGCGCAUCUGCCACAACUGUCCUCGUUACUGCGAUUCCCCAUGGCUGGCUAAAUGUGGAGGCCUUGGACAAGUUGUUCGACGUCUUUCCAGGUGGUGUGCGUAACAUCUGGAUCAACCGCAAUUUCGAUGAAUUAAAUGAAAAGGUCAAGGAACGCAACAAGAUUGCUCUUCAAUUAGAAGCGGCUGAAACAGAUCUCAUCGUCAAAUGCAAAAAGGCAGCACUGAAGAAAGCCAAAGCGGAGGCGAAGAAGGCCGGCAAAAGCCGGAAAGAGGCGGAGAGUGAGGAGAAGGCCGCAACAGAUCAUCGAGCAACACAGAUGGCCAUGGGGCCCGGCAUCAGCUCUGGAGAUCCCCAUCAGGCUCAUACGUUGCGAGAGGCAUUAUCUCACCGUCAUGAACCUCACCAGCGCGGUGAAUCAGGUGGGUCCCGCCAUGGCGGGAGGCUUUUCGAUCCGGCCGUUGUAGCCGCAGAUUUGGUCGGGCACGGCGUCGGAAAGCUGGGCAAGUCAAUGGUCGGCGGUCUCAAAAAAGUCGAGGCGGGUUUUGAUAGCACCUUGACUCGAAAGGGUGGCGGCUUUGUGGAGGACAUUGAUGAUACUGGCGUGGCCCCUCGCGGUCGUGCACUCUCUGCGUCCCAGGCGCAGCCGCCGGCUCAAGAUAUGCCUCCAGAGCAAGGUCACUCUUUGACCCCCUCGCAGACACAAGAGGCUCGAGAUGAGAGUCUCUGUCAGGAGACAAGGCCUGUACCCCAAAAGCAAUUAUCUUGGAAGGACCGCAUGUCAUCCCACCUUUCCGUCCACUCAAGAAAGUCAGGUCCGGAGCCGGAUGAGUUUCCUCUGACUGGUCCUGAAUCGCCCACGAAGGAGACAAACGAGAGCCAGUCUACCAAGAAGAAGGCCCGGAAAGAACACGAAAGCUCACAAAAGAGCCACAAAGAAGGUGACGAGGUUGAAGGAGAAGAGUACCCCAUCGCUUACAACGAGGACUUUGACUCAGAGGACUAUGGAGAGCCCCUUUGGAAACAAUACAUCACAGAGAAAGACCGGGAUACUUCCCGAUUACCCAUCUUUGGGUGGACGUGGAUGCCUUCAAUUUGGUUGAUAGGCAAGAAAGUCGACACCAUUGACCAUUGCCGGAAGGAAUUGGCGCGUUUAAAUCUCGAAAUUGAAAUCGAUCAGCAACAUCCCGAACGCUUCCCUUUGAUGAACUCUGCUUUCAUUCAAUUCAACCAUCAGGUUGCGGCACAUAUGGCUUGUCAGUCUGUUGCUCACCACGUUCCAAAGCAAAUGGCCCCUCGAAUUGUCGAAAUCUCACCGGACGAUGUGAUCUGGGACAAUAUGUCAAUGAAGUGGUGGGAGCGCUACCUCCGCACCUUUGGUAUCAUCACUUUGGUGGCUGGUAUGGUGAUCGGAUGGGCUUUCCCCGUCGCUUUCACUGGGCUUCUGUCACAACUUUCGUACCUCGAGGGUACAUUCAGCUGGCUUGCUUGGAUCGGGCGACUGCCUCAGUGGCUUAUUUCCGCGAUUCAAGGUGUCUUGCCCGCGCUUUUCUUGGCUAUUCUCAUGGCUUUGCUGCCCCUGAUCCUACGAUUUCUCAGCAAAACUCAAGGCUUACACACCGGCAUGGCCAUUGAGUUGACUGUGCAGAACUACUACUUUGCCUUUCUAUUUGUGCAGCUGUUCCUGGUUGUCACAAUUGCUUCCAGUGCCUCCACCAUCCUCGAUAAUGUCACAAAUGUGACCAGCUGGCCCGAGCUGCUCGCCACAAACAUUCCACGAUCCAGCAACUACUUCUUCUCCUACAUGGUUUUGCAAGCCAUGUCUGUGAGCGCUGGUGCACUGGUACAGAUUGUCAGUCUUGUCAGCUGGUUUAUUCUUGCUCCAAUCUUGGAUUCGACUGCACGAAAGAAGUGGGCGCGUACAACAAAUCUCAACCAGAUGCAAUGGGGAACAUUCUUCCCGGUCUACACCACCCUCGCUUGUAUUGGUAAGUGUCCGGCUCCAGAUCUGUCCUCCUCUUCUCAUCACCUGCGGCGCCGGAAAAGCCUUUGCUUACUUUUGCUUCAACGGCUAGGUUUGAUCUACUGUAUUGUUGCGCCCCUGAUCAUGGUUUUCAACAUUCUCACGUUCAGUCUGUUCUGGUUUGUCUACCGCUACAACACAUUAUAUGUCACCAAAUUUCGAUUCGACACGGGUGGUCUCUUGUUUCCACGUGCGAUCAAUCAACUAUUCACGGGCUUGUACUUCAUGGAAGUGUGUCUCAUCGGCUUGUUUUUCCUGGUACGGGACACCCAAGGGGCAGUCGCAUGUAAGGGCCAAGGUAUCGUCAUGAUCAUUGUCCUGGUCUUGACCGUGGGGUUCCAAGUCCUUCUCAACGAGGCUUUUGGGCCUCUCAUCCGUUAUUUACCCAUCACUCUUGAAGAUGACGCCGUCCGGCGGGAUCAGGAGUUCCACCGCGCCCAGCUGACCCGACUUGGCCUUACUGCUGAUGACGAAGACGAAGACGAGAGGGAAGGGCUGGAGCAUCACCUCGCCGAUCGUGAGUUGAAGCAACGCAGCCAUGACCGCGAGGCAGAGGCGAUCGAACUGCAGACUUUGGAAGCGGAGCGUGAAGAGCGAAAGCGUCACGAUUCGGGUCUUCUUACUCCAACCACGUCCGUCAAGAAGCAGUCAUCCUGGGCUGAGCGGUCGCCAAAUCGACGAUCCAAGUUUUUUGGUCUCAACUCUGCGACCCCGAGCCCGACACUCAAGGCCCUGAGGGAGAGAAUGGCACAUGACACUGAAGCGCAAGGGCCCAGUACUAAUGAUAAGGGCCAUGCUCUCUUUGCCGGAAUCCACGACGAGUUGGAGGAUCUCACUCCGGAUGAGCGUGAUCAAUUAGUUCAGCGUGCAUUCCAGCACGAGGCUCUGCGCGCAAAGCGGCCCGUCGUCUGGAUCCCGCGGGACGACCUUGGUAUCAGUGACGACGAGGUCUACCGCACGCAACGAUUCAGCAAACACGUCUGGGUCAGUAACGAGUAUCAAGCUUUGGAUGGCAAAGGCCGCACGAUCUUCAGCCGGAGUCCCCCGGAUUUCUCCGAGGUCGAUUUGAUUCAAUUAUAA